AUGGAUAUUCACCGUUGUCGAUUCGUUACCUACAAUCCUCAGGCGAUCAACGCCCUUGCCUUCUCCCACCCACCCUCCGCCGAUCCCGGACGAGGCCUACCUACCCUUCGACUCGCUAUCGGCCGUGCAAACGGCGACAUUGAGAUCUGGAAUCCGUUGCGCGGCGCAUGGUUCCAGGAGUCUGUGCUCCGCGGUGGAGCGGAUCGCAGUAUUGAAGGAUUGGCCUGGACCCUGGACCCCCAGGAGGACGGACCUGACGGUUUCAAGCUGCCGGGCCAGCUGCGCCUGUUCAGCAUUGGGUCCAACACGGCCGUGACCGAGUGGGAUCUCGAGAAGGGUUGCCCGCUGCGUCACUCGAGUGGAAACUAUGGAGAAAUCUGGUGUCUUGCUGCCCAGCCGCGCUGGAAGCCUACAAGAGCCAAGGAUGGAAAAUUCCUACCUCCUGCCGAGGGCGAGUUUACGGGCCAGAACCUUGCUGCUGGAUGUGCGGAUGGCUCUAUUGUGAUCUUGUCUACCGCAGAUAAUGACUUGAAGUUCCUCCGCUUGAUGCGCCCUUCCACUAAGAGAGCCCGUGUGCUCAGUGUUACCUUCCAGAACCGUCACACCAUCGUUGCUGGUUAUGCUGACAGCUCUAUCCGUCUCUUCGAUAUUCGCAGUGGCCAACAAUUGAGGACAAUCUCGCUUGGAAAGGGUCCCACAGGUGGUUCCAAGGAGCUCUUGGUUUGGUCCGUUAAGUGUCUUCCUGAUGGUACAAUUGUCUCUGGUGACUCUGCUGGUGAAAUCCGGUUCUGGGAUGCCAAGAACUACUCCCUUGUUCAACGAAUUCAGAGUCACUUGGCCGAUGUGCUUGAUGUGGCUGUCAGCUCAAAUGGUGAUACAGUUAUUAGCGGUGGUGCCGAUCAGAGAACAGUCGUCUACCGCAAGAAGGAUGCUGAGAAGGGUGAUAAGAAGACUCGUUGGGCAGAGCUUAUGCACCGACGAUACCACUCCCAUGAUGUCAAGACCUUCGCUGUUUAUGAGACAAAAGAUAUCAGCAUUGCCGUGUCUGGAGGCCCCGAUGCGACUCCCGUUGUCUUGCCGCUGCGUGAAUUCGGAAAGGAGCACCACCGGAAAUUGUCCAGCCUCCCUCAAAUCCCUCAACUCACCUCAUCUCCCGCCUCUCGUUUGGUCAUGAGCUUCUGGGACAGAGAAGUUAGCUUAUGGCGUGUAUCCCGGGGUCCGGCUUCUGUGAACGAGAAUCUUGAUGGCCAAAGGCACAAGCUCGUUGGCAAGGUCUAUAUUCAGGGUGAAGAAAACAUUACUUCCGCCGGACUAUCUCCAGACGGAAAGUUGCUAGUCAUUGCUACAGUCGCUGAAGUGAAGCUGUUUACUGUUCGUCGACGCAAGGGCGAUGAGAAGGGAACCUUGCGGAUACAGAAAGUUGAUGUCCCCAAGGCCAUCUCUUCCACAGGCGCACGCCUGGUGGCCAUCUCCGCCGAUAACCGAUGGCUCUCGGUGGUCCGCCCCAAUAGCGAUGUUUAUGUCGCCAGAAUUCAGGCUGCCUCUUCAAACACUGAGAAGACUCAGGUAUUAACCCAAUUUGCGCACCUCAAGCGCGCCACACGUCAUGUACGACUUGAGAAGGCCUCUCACGGCACCCUGGGUGAAUACGAGAGAUCUAUUCGGACUGUUGUCUUCUCCGAGGACAGCAAGAUCUUGGCUACAGGUGACCUUUCUGGCUGUGUGGAUACUUGGGUACUGAGUGAUGCGGUCGAACCUACCACAAAUGGCAAGUCUAAGAGCAAAGGAGCUACUGACUCCGACGACGAAUCCUCCGAUGAUGAAGAUGAAGAUGUUGUGAUCGAGGGAGAGCGCUGGUCCACAGCUGCUUCUGAUUCUCCUAUUCCUCGAAUGAAGUCAGGAAUCGCCCUUUUGUCCUUCCGCCCACAGAGUACUACGACCAAGGCAUUGACUAAUGGUGCCGACCACACAUCCUCCGCAAAUGACAAACUUAUUGUGCUCACCAGCGAGCACCAAAUCAUUGAAUUUGAAGCUCUUAGUGGCAAGCUUUCGGAUUGGUCGCGACGCAACCCCAAGGCUUACCUGCCAGCUGAGUUCCGAGGCGUGAAAGACCGUGCCAUGGGCUGCAUGUGGGACGUUUAUGAGGGCUGCGGAAGACUCUGGCUGUACGGAAACUCCUGGUUGUGGAUGUUUGACUUGCAGCAAGAUUUCCCUGCCGAGGACACCGAUACCGAUAACAAUACCUCUGGUCAACUUGUCCAGGCUUCGAAGCGCAAGCGUGAUCCCCUCGAGGAUGGCGAGAACGACCGCAAGAAGCCCAACAGUGGUGCUGGUGAUCGCAUCCCCCGUUCGCAGAUGGACCUUUACCUUGGAACUAAGGUUCGCAAGAUCGUCGGCAGCGACGAGUCUCAGGGAGAGUGGGUCACACUUGACCCAGAACUCAAGCGCGCUCUUGGAGAAGAUGAUGAGGCUUAUGAAUAUGAUGAGACCUUCUCAGCUGGUAAUGAGACAACUCUCGCUCGUCUCCGACGUGGGGACGGGGUCGUUGAGGCCGUUCAGACCGGUACCCCACAAAAGGGAUCCAAGGGUAAGCCGAUCACCAAUGGUGUCGGCGAGACUCCGAACAAGCAACUGGUUUUGGCCAAUGACACUCAGCCUGCACGACGCUGGUGGCACACGUACAAGUAUCGUGACAUCUUCGGAAUCGUCCCCCUUAACACCCUGUCAGGUGACGAGGCGGGUGGCCUAGAAGUUGCGGUGGUCGAGCGUCCCAUGUGGGAUGUUGAGAUGCCCGGUCGUUAUGUGAAGGAUUAUGAGUGA